CGUCCCCGGAACCAGCGGAUUUGGGACCAGAAGAAUUUGGGACCAGACCACCCAACAGAAUUGGCCCGACAGGAGACCUCGCCUCUGCCGCGGUCCACCCAGGAAUGCACGGGACCAGGAUCUGUCUCCUUGUCUGGAGAGCCGACCGAGACUAGCGGGUUCUCCUCGAGUCCCUCUUUUUCUGCUGGCGCUCCUCUCGACCUUGACGGCAUGCUUCGUCGAGCUGUUGGCCUGGCUUGGAGCACCAUUGGCACUGUUUUGCGCCAGGAACCCGCCCCAGGAUUCCUCCGCCCAGUACUGUACCUGCCUCUGCUUGCUGCCGCCCUCUGUGCUUGCCGUAGCAAACCAACGCCAGCCAGCCCCUCCGAUCCCGUCCUUGCCUCGCCUUAUUCGCCCACGGCUGCCUCGCCUUGCGCGGCCACCCGAGAUCGACGUCCAACGGCGCGCCAGGACGUCCUCCGAGGCACGGACGUAGAUAGGCAGAGAAGAAAAAAAGCCCUGCCCACCAAGCUACCUUCAUAGGUACCUACCUAUCUAGUACAUACUCACCGAGGUACAUAACAACACCAUCAACCAGGGCCGGGAGGGACCCAAGCCCGGCACAAGAACCACGCCCCAGAACCAAUACUGCCUCGGCACCCUGGGCAGCCGAAGCUCGAUGCCGGAAAAGUCUCUCACCGUGGCCACCUACGCGGCGGGGGCCUCCCUGGCCGCCAUAACCCUGAUAUAUGUCUUCGCCCCGACCUACCUGAUCGAUUCCGACGGCGGCCGGUCUGCGAGCUCGCACAAACGCGGCGUCGUGGGCCUCUCGAACCCGGCCAAUGACUGCUUCAUCAACAGCAUCCUCCAGGCCCUCGCCGGGCUCGGCGACCUGCGCAUCUACCUCAUCCGCGAGACCCACCGCCGCAGCCUCGACGCCGCCUGGGUCUACGAGCAGCCCGUCCCGGCCGACGCGCUGCAGGACCGCGGCGACAACGCCCGCGACGAUGGCGCGUCGGCCCGCAUCAGGGGCCAGCCCGACUGGAAGGUCGUGGGCCUGCAGAGCGGCGCCGUGACCAAGGGGCUCAAGCGGAUACUCGACCAGCUCAACGAGCGGCCCAUCUACAAGAAGACCGCCUCGGCCCUGCCAUUCGUCAAGGAUCUCGAGUCCGCCUUCCGCCAGCGCAUAAGUAGGCAGCAGCAAGACGCGCAAGAGUUCCUCCAGGUCGUCGCCGAGCGCCUGUGCGAAGAGUACCACGCCGGCCAGAGGGCAAGGAGAUAUGCGCGCACGUUGCCACCCCCCGGGGUGGCGGCAGCGGGGGGCAGUCCUGUUUUGAACGCGGAUCUUGUGGACAAGAAGCUGCAGGGGAUGGUCAAGGGUGAGGCUGGCGAUGAGGACGACAACGAGGCGGAGGAGGCCCCCGAAAGUCAAGAGUCUAUAGCCGGGUCAGGACUCACGGCCGCCGCCGCCCCCGAUACCACCACGGUGGCUGAGGCGCGGGUGGCUGGUGCUGUGGCAGACGAUGACGAGGAAGAGGAGGGCUUCCCGAUGGAGGGCAUGUUCGAGUCACAGAUCGAGUGUUUAACCUGUGGCUUUAAGCCACGAGCCAAGGAGGACAGGUUCUGCACGCUUACGCUCAACGUGCCGCAAGUCUCGUCUACGACUCUGAACGCCUGCUUCGACGGCAUGUUCAAGACCGAGUACAUCGAUGACUUCAAGUGCGAAAAGUGCCGCCUCCUCCAUGUCGAGGCGGUGCUGGAGAGCGAGCUGGCGAGGACCCCGGAAUCCAGGGCAGACGAGGCCGAGGCUAGGCGAAAGACCAUUGAGGCCCUGCAGCACGCCAUCGCCACGGACCCGGAACGGCCUCCCGAGUGGGUUGCACUGCCGGACGCUAAGCUCGCACCUAAGCGCCGCAUCGCGCGACACAUACAGAUGACGAGCUUCCCCAAGAUCCUGGCCGUGCACCUGUCGCGCUCCAUCUAUGAGAGGAGUCAGUCGUCAAAAAACUCGGCAAAGGUGGCAUUCCCGGAGCGUCUGCCCCUGGGAGGGCUACUGAAUCGGCGCAAGUACAAACUGCUGGGCGUGGUGGCCCACAAAGGCUCGCAUCACAGUGGCCACUACGAGUCGUUCCGGCGUCAGAAUGUCUAUCCGCCCUUCUCGACGCCCAACAACUCGCUACGGCCAUCGGACAAGGGGCCUUACGGCCGGUCGACGACCACAUCUGCCGUCCCGAGCCCGGCCGCCACGCCCCGCGUCGGGGCCCUGAGGCAACGGCCGUCGGGCGAGGUGGGGGCCUCGUCGUCCACCGAUAGCAGCCCGCUGACGUCGACCCCAGACCUACUCCUGGCCGGCGGCGCCACGACCCCAGCAUCAAGCGCCUCGACUGCUGUGAACAACGCCUCUCCUUCCCCCGGAAGCAAUGGCGCCAGCAGCUCCGACUCGGCCAAGGGCUCGCCCCGGUCGCGAAAGGACAAGGAUGGGGACUCGUCCAGCCUGCGGUCUGUGGCACGGUCGACGCUUUCUAGGAUAACGCCGUCGUCGCGCAGCGCCAGCAGGAGCGGAAGCCGAAGCGGUGGUGGUGGUGGCGGCAACAACAAGGCCGCCGCAACCACGUCCACAUCCUUGGGCGACGGCUCCGCGCACCAGGUCGCUCACAAUCCCAUCAAGAUGCCGAAGCGCAAGAAGAACCAGGACAAUAUGUGGUGGCGCCUCAGCGACGACAAGGUCAAGGAGGCCACCACCAAGGACGUCCUCGGCAUGCAGCGCGAGGUGUACCUGUUAUUCUACGAGAUGGAGAAGGAUGGUGCACCAUAAUGGGGUUUCCUUUCCACACCGCGAGACUGGGGGUGUCACGAUCGUCGUGAUCGAGACUGUCUCGGCCGUGCUAUCCCCUGCGUACGCCGGCACCCGAGACCUUGGGCCCAUCUACACGCCACAUUUUCAACCCCUUCUUGAGCGAUUAGUGAUUUCUGUAGUCUGUGUUUUGAGGCAUGUGGGCUGACACACCGCCCAUAAUUUGUGAGUUGACGUGAGAAAAUAAAAGGGGAGAAAGCUAGCGGGUUAGAACUUCAAGGCUGAAAGGUUGAAACAUAAAGCGUCGGCUUGUACAUUUGUACCACCAAAAAAUAUGAUAUAGAGCGUAGACAAGUCGGAAGCAUCAGCACAGCCGAGGGCCAGCGUCUGGCCGUCGCCAAUGCAGUGGUCUAAACAAAUAUUUCUUCCCUACCUGUAACCCGGGUAUCAUUCCAUGAAAUUACCUAUCUAGAGAAGUAAACGGC